GAAGUGCACAGAGAUGGAGCGGCUCUCGUCUUAGCGUCGUUUUUUACCACUUUUCUCAAAACUGGCAGAAUGACUUGUAAUUUAGUUUUGUUUCUUAGUUUGCUGCUGGGUUUUAGUGUUUGUUUUCCGUUCAGGAGCGGGGAAGAGAAACGGCAGAAGUGGCCUGUCCCGUACAAGAGGUUUGACUAUCGGCCGGAUGUGGACUCCUACUGCCAGGCCUUGUACCCCUUCUGUCCUACAGGGGAUCGAGAUGGAAGGAUACCCUACAUGACAGAAAGUGAUGUCAUCUCAGUUUAUCGACUACAGACUCCUGUUUGGGAGUUCAAAUAUGGAGAUGUUCUUGGAAAAGUGCACAUUAUGCAUGAUGCCAUUGGCUUCAGGAGCUCCGAGAAGGGGAUUAAUUUCACCAUGGAGUGGUAUGAACUGUUUCAGCUGGGCAACUGUACCUUUCCUCACCUCAGACCUGAAGUCAGUGCCCCAUUCUGGUGCAAUCAGGGAGCUGCCUGCUUUUUUGAAGGCAUAGACGACUUACACUGGUCUCAAAAUGGCACUUUGGAGAAAAUAGGUGAACUCUCAGGCAAACGGUUCAAUGAGCUGGCCCAGUGGGUGCAGGAGGACAACACGACUGGCAUUUACUAUGAGACGUGGACUGUGCGCUCUGACCCAAGCUCCAACGCCACUGUUUGGUUUGAAUCUUAUGACUGCUCCCAGUUUGUUCACCGCACAUACAAGAAACUCUCUGAACUGGGAACUAAACUGUCCAGUCAAACACAAACCAACUACACAAAGCUCUACUUGUACAGCGGAGAGCCGAAAUACCUGGGAAACGACAGCGCCAUCUUUGGCCAGCCUGCACUGAAGAAUCUAGCAACAGACAUUAAGAAGUUUUACUACAUGUUCAGGCCUCAUCAGUCCUUUGUUGAAAUAGCUUUAAGUCUGUUGGAAGCUUAUGACAAAGUUGUGCUGGACAAACGUUUUUAUCUUUAUUACAACUUUGAAUACUGGUAUUUGCCAAUGAAAUAUCCAUAUAUACAGAUUACAUAUGAGGAAGUACCGCUACCGUGAGAUCUGACGU